AUGCGUCUUGGAUUGAAAUUAAAAAAAGAAUCUAAACCUCCUUAAGAAUAAUAAUAAGAAUAGGCAACUUAAGAAUUCAAAUUUGAUUUCAUUUUUUUCAACUCUAAUUAAUAAUAACAAUUUGAAAACUAAGAUUCAAAAUAAUUUAAGCUAAUAAUAUAAAAGAAGAAUACAAAAGAGUAAAUGAUUAUUUAUAAAGAUUAUGUAUAUAUUGGAGAAACCUAGAAUAAUAAAAUGCAUGGAGAUGGUAAAAUCUAUAUUAAAUAAUAUGAUGCAUAUUGCAAUAAUAAUUAUUUUAUAUUUGAAGGCUAAUUUAAAAAUGAUGAAAUCAAUGGUAAAGGUAUAGAAUACUAUGGAAAAACAAAUAAUAAAAAAGUUGAAGGAGUAUUCUAAAAAUUGUCCUUAAUUGAAAAAUUUCAAGAAUAUAAUUAAGAUGGUAGUAUACUGAUUAAGUAACCAAAUUUAUAAUAAUCUUAAUUGCAAUAAUCUUUUAUACAAGAAGAUCGAAAUAAUAACAAAAUGUUUAGAAUCAAAUCAGGAGUUAAACAAACACCACCUUAACCUUAAUAACAGAAAUCAUAAAUUAAAUAAAAUGAUAAAUGGACUAAGUAUGAUGUUGAAUUGAGUAAAGAUCAUCUCUCAUCUCUUUUAUCAGAAAAAGCAAUUAAUGAUUAAAUUAUAGAAGCUUAUCUGAAUUAUAUUAAUUAUGUAGAUUCAGAAAAGUUCUUUAAUCUAAAAUCAUUGCCUGAAAUAUAAGCAUUUAAAAGAACUCUCAUUAUUCCAUAUUUCUUAUUUGAAUAGUAAAAAUUAGACAUACUAACAUAUUAUGCUGAAUUUUCUUAUCUUAAAGGAUAAUUUUGGUUAGUUUAUUAAUAAAUAUUUGUAAUUAUUAAUUCUAAUGGUCAUUGGAUACUUUUAGAAAUACUUUUUGAAGGUUAAGAUAUUAAAAUGAAAGUUUAUGAUAGUUCUUCUAAAAAAAAACCCAUAUUCUAUGUUACAAGUUGCAAACAUGUAUGGAAUAUGAUUGAACCUAUCAUAAAAUAAAAUAAUUUAGCAAUCUCUUGGAAAUCUAAAGAUAUUAUUGUAGUCGAAUGUCCUUAAUUAUCAUAACCAAAUGAUUCAGGUAUAUUUAUCUGUGCUUAUAUAAAAUAUUUGAUUUCAAAUAUAAGUUUAGAUUAAAUUACAUAAGAAGUAAUUAAUAAUAUACGAAAAACAGAACUGUUUAAUAUUGUUAAAAAGGAAAAAUGA